AUGCACGGCUCAAAACACACGGCGGCGUUGUUCGCGCUGGCUUGGGGGAAUGUUGUCUUGGGAUUAGAGGAUGUCGCCCCAGUAGCAGUAGCACCAGCUGUUCCCAACCCGCAGUCGCUAUAUAUACAGUUUAUGCACCCCACUCCGCGAUCUUAUGUCUACGGUCAAGAUCUGGGUUUCCGCCUCGAUGUCAACCCCUCUGUCACCAAUCUCCCCAUCGGUAGCCAUGACAGUUGCGCCUCCCCCAACAUCACCAUCAACAACCAACCUUUGCUUUCUCCACCGAACGAAGACGGGUCGUUUGUGCUGGAUAAUGAUAUCAAGGUGGAUCUUACUUGGGAAUCGCGUUGCUUCCCUGGCGGCGGCUCUUCUGCUGACGUCGACGACGACGACGGCGACUAUUCCGUCUCUGACGAUAACCCUGAAAACAACAACAAGGGGGUUGAUGCAAAAGCCCAACGAUCACAAUCCGUUACCCUCACUUUGCAAGCCGUCGAUGGACAGCCGGUGAAAGACGAGUUGAGUUGUACGAUCUGGUUCAGACAAGAGGAACCAGUCUGGGCGUUUGGAGUGGCAGGGUGGUGUGUUGAUGCGAGGAUUCGAGAUGUUAGAGGGAAGAAGACGGGGGGGUGGGAGGUUGUUUUUGAUGAUGAAGAUGAUGAUGAUGAGGGGGGAGACACAGAGACGAAUACGGUGGGGAAGAUGGAGGGAAAAGGAGAAAGUAGGGAGGAGAGGUUGAAGAGGGAGAGGAAGGAGUUUGAGAGGGAGGUGGAGUGUUUGGAGUAUCGGAGGAGUAUCGCUGCUGCUGCUGCUGCUGCUGAGGAGAAAGACACUGCCGGUGUGGUUGGUCAUGGCUAUGCGCAAAAGCCGGUGGUCAUGAACAGGAAGUACUACGAGGAGAGCAGACAGCACUUUGAAACGCUUUGCGCAAACCUCCCGCCGAGAGAAAACAACACCAGCACCCCCGGCCCGUCUGCUCAUCCGCCAUGGGAACUCCCACAUCAUCGACCAGCUAAACCAGCUCGUCUGCCAUUCCCAGAUUUGCUCUUGGACUUAACCUCCAGAUCAGCCCACCAAACGACCCUGAAUUCCCGCCCAUCUUCCCUCCGCGCCUCUGUUUACGCGCACCUGAUCAAUCUCUCGCCCAUCCGCCUCGCCGCCUACAUCAUCUUUCUCUCCCUCCUCAUAUUGGCCUGUAUCUUUCACUCCCUCCAUCGGCAACGCAGCCGAAGAAAAAGGUUGGCCCAAGGAAGCGGAGCGGGAGAGCCCGAGGUAGUGAUAGAAUCGCUUUGUCCCGGGUUUUACGGCAGUGAUGAAAGCUGUGGAGAGUGCAAGACUAAGUACUUUGCUCAGCUGCAAGCUGGAGAUGAAUCUGGGACUGUGAUCGGGACUGGGGAAUUUAAAGGUGAGGGUGAUAAUGAUGAAAUGGCGGAGAAGAGGGGGUCGUUGGAGGAGAAGAAUGAGGGGAUGUCAGAGCUGUGUAUGGAGGAACAGGAGAAACAGGAGAAACAGGAGAAACAGGAGAAACAGGAGAAAAAGAGGUUAUCAGAAAGGGAGUACCAGCGGUACUGCGAGUACCAUGCGGUGCCGGAGGAUGGGUUUGCGUUGAGGUAUGAACCUGGGUCGGAACUCCAGACGAUACAUGAGCCUGUUGAGCAUGUCGUUGUUGAUGAUGAUGAGAGGGUUUGGGAUGAGAAGGAAACGUUGGUUGACUCGGAAGACGAGCGGGAGAAGGAGCGCGGUGAUGAAGUUGGGGAGAGCAGUGGCGAAGACAGCGGUGGAGAGGAUAGCGAUGAUGAUUUGUCCAUUGGCGGUGAGCUGGCCUCGUUCAUGAGGGCUGCGAAUCUGGUGGAGGAUAUGAUUCGGGCUGGGGCGAGGCAAGAAGCGGCUCCAAGGCCUCAGGCGGCUCCGCCGGUAAAUGCCAGGCGACAGUCACCUGGGACGCCUCCACCGCCGAGUUAUGGUGAAGUGGUAGGGCUGAGGGGUGUUGUUGAUGACGAAGGGUUGUUACCACCUCGGUAUGAGGAAUAUCUGAGAAGUCGAAGGUAACAAAGAGGCGCUUUCUUGGGUCGCGGGAUUCUUCGAGGGUAUUGAUGGGUUGGGGUAUCUACCUUAAUGCUUAAUGACUGUAAUAAGUGCUGGGGAAAUGCUUGUGCGGAUAGGACAUUUACCGAUGCGCUUCUCAUGUGCAGCAACGUGAGGUCGGUGCUGCUUCAUCUUCCAG